AUGGACAGAACGAAAACUGAAUUGUUGCAGUCCUUAGAUAAUAGUAUAGAUACUUUGAAAGUGGAGAUCGGUGGACAGAUAAAUGAUAUUAGAAAGUAUAACGAUACUUUCAGACAAGAAGUUACGGAGCAGAUAACAAAAGUAGCUUCUCAAUUGCAAUCACACAUUCAUGAGUCUAGGGAAGAAAAAGAUAAGCUGAUACUAGAUAUACAUAAGCUUUCAGAAGAUUUUGCUAGUCUGAAAUCAAAUCUCUCCACCGAUCUUGAAACUAACAACAAUGAUUUAAGAGAAGAGAUUCAAAACAUGGUUAAAGCUACCAGGGAUGAAUUUACUGAUUCUCUGGAAGAAGUUAAAACUGUUAUAAACAAUAUACAGGAAGAAAAAUUAUCUCACAUUACAAGUGAGUUAGAAAAGGAAAAACAAGAACUCUCUUCUCUUAAGCAACAAAUAGAGAGGAAUGAAAUAGAAUUAAACGAGUCUCAGCAAAGAGAAUCUUUUGAACGAUGCGGGUUGGAGAGACUUUGUGCAGAAGCAAACAAGACAAUUAGAACUGAUCAUAAUUUAGAUUUUGUAGUGGACAUUAACCAUGAUUAUAAUACCUCUGUAUGGAGCACAGAGAAUCCACAUGUAAAUGGAAAAGAACCUAUGGUUAUUCCUUGUACUAAAGAUUUGUGGGAAGAAAUUCGCAUUGAAAAUAGUGGUGGUGGUUCUGGAGAACUUCGUAAUUCUCAUAAUUGCCAAGUAAAGCGACCUUACUCAUCUAUUAACAAUAACAGUCGUAAUGUUAGGGCUUACAACAACAAUAAUAAUAGCAAUCCAAAUUUUCGUAACAAUAAUGAAGAGAAUGAGGGAAAAAAAGAGAAAAAAUUCAUAGAAAACAGGAAGAAAAGUCGUCUGAAAUUCAGGAAUACCCUGUAG